AUGAUACCGGCAGAUGACGCCACAGAGCGUCGCGAAGGAGGCACCAGUUACGACGACGAAUCGCUUACGGUAUUGCAGACAGAAUACAAAGCGACAACAAAUCGCAUGUUGCGUGUUGCUGUGAAUGCGUUUAUGGAGAGCUUGGGGGUGGUGCUAGGCGUGAUGGAGGAGUUAGACGUGGAUGUCUUGGGAUCGGAACUAGGGAGAUGA